UCAUCUCCACUUCACGCUUUCAAGAAUGAAGAACUCAAUGUAUUUACUGCUCUCUCUUGCGUUUCUGUCCUGUGCUAUGGCUCAAGGAUCGACUGAUGAAAACGCUUGUGCUGCUGAACCUUUGGAGGAUUAUAACAUGCCAUUGAGAAUUGGAACAGUCUUCAUUAUUCUUGGCACCUCAUCUAUUGGAAUUUUUACGCCACUCCUCCUCCAUUACUUUGGAAAGCAGGAUAGCGCUUUCAUCAAGUAUACCCUGCUGAUUGGAAAGUUCUUUGGAACGGGUGUCAUCCUUGCUACUGCGUUUGUCCAUAUGCUUCCAGAUGCAUUCAACAACUUUGCAAACCCCUGUCUUCCCGCUGGAUGGCUGUCAUAUGGUGCCUUUGGUGGUGUGUUCUGCAUGAUUGCCUCCCUCCUCAUUCAACUGAUUGAAUUUGCUGCCAUCGCCAAUGCCACUUCUAUUAAUCAAAAGAAAGCUGAAUCAGACGCUAAAUCUGCCGUUGAAAACUAUAAGGCCACUGACUCCAUUACUGAGAGAACCGCUUUUGACCAGAAGAACCUCCCAUCCCACGAGCUCGCUGGAGACCACGCUCAUGAAAUCGGCCAUUUCCAUACUGCCGGCAUGUUGGAAGAAGGCCAAUCCUUCCGUAACAUUGGAACUUUGACCUUGGAACUUGGAAUUGUUAUGCACAGUGUCAUCAUCGGUAUCACUCUUGCAAACACCGGAAGUGAUGAGUUCACUACUCUUCUUAUUGCCUUGGUUUUCCAUCAGUUCUUCGAAGGUAUUGCCCUCGGUACUAGAAUUAACGACAUGAACCUCAAGUCAUUCCUCAAGCCUGCUAUCAUGUCCAUUGCCUAUUGUAUCACCACUCCCCUUGGUAUCGCUAUUGGCAUCGGUAUUCACUCAAGCUUCAAUGAAAAUUCUCCAUCAUCCAUUCUUGCCCAAGCUAUCUUGGACUCCCUCUCCGCCGGUAUCUUAUUGUAUAGCGCUUAUGUUGAACUGAUCGCCAUGGAAAUGAAUCACAACCCUGAAUUCCUUCAACGUUCCUUUGGUUCAAAAGCUAUGUGCUUUAUAUCUCUGUACACUGGAGCCGGCUUGAUGGCUUUGAUUGGCGAAUGGGCAUAAUGGCGACGAUGCCUCGAUGAUUGACGCUGAGAAGGAUUAUUCACAUUGUACUGUGUACAAUUACUUUAAAACUAAAUCAUACCUUUUUAUGACUAUUAAUUACAUCUAUAGAUCUGUAGCAUCCACACAUAUAUUUCAUUAAAAAAAUAUAACCACCAAUUUUUUGAUUUACAUUAGU